AUGCCACUGCUGAUGCUGUUCUGGCUUCUGGCUCCAACUACAGCAAAGAGGCUGCAAACCAUAUGUGUGCUCACGGAUUAUAUCGAGGUGGAUAAAAGCUACUAUAGGCCUGGUGAUCUCAUUAUUGGUGGGAAUUUGCCCUUGGGAAGCAUUUUAGAGUCUUCUGUCAGAGACUUUAAUACAUUGAAUCUUCAUUUAAGGAAUGCAAUCAUCACCAGUUAUUACCAGCAGUUCCUUGCAUUGAUGUUUGCAGUCUCCGAAGUCAAUACGGAUUUUCUUCUGCUCCCCAACAUCACCCUUGGCUUCCACAUCUAUGGCCAUUACCAGAGGGAGAUCGAUAUUUCCUUAGACAGCCUCUCCAUUCUCUCCCCACGAGGCCAAGUGGUUCCAGGUUACAAAUGUCAUCAUCCGGACAUUCUGCUGUCGGUCAUUGGUGGUCUCAGUGCCAAAUCCUCACAACUGAUGGACUCCAUCUUCAGCAUUUUUAAGGUCCCACAGUGGAACUGGGUUGGGCUUCUGGCCCCUGAAGAUGACAAUGGAGAACGUGUCAUCUCAACUCUGAUGCCGAUGCUCCAGAAGAAGGAGAUCUGCCUGGCCUUCACUCAAAUGCUGAAACUGGAUGAUGUUAAAAUCACGAUGAAAAAGUUUGUUCUCAAUUCCCAUAGCUGGUCUAAAGCAGAAGUGUUUAUUGUUUUUGGAGACUUCACUAUUGCCAGUAAUGUAGUAAUGACGGUACAUUAUUUUGGAAAAUUCAGAAAAGUGUCCUUAAUUAAAGUUUAUAUCUUCACUUCACAUUGGAAAAUUGGCGUGGAAGAACAUGAAGAAGCAUUGCAAUUUAUAAAGAGUUUGCAUGGGGUCCUGCAUUUUAGGGACCACCCUGGGGAUGUCUCUGAAUUCAGCAAGUUCCUCCUGUCUUUAGACCUCUUGAACCCCCAAGGAGAUGUCUUUCUCCCUCUAUGGUGGGAAUUGGCCUUUGGCUGCAAGAUCCAUAAAUCAGGAAAGAUCCCUCCAAAGGGGGAAAAACAAUGUACGGGAAAGGAGAAUCUGCAGAAUCUGCCCAAUUACACUUUGGAAACAAGAAUGACAGCUCACUGUGAAACCUGCCCAGAAGACCAAUUUCCCAACAAGGACAAGGACCAAUGCAUUGCCAAGAAGGUCCACUUCCUUGCCUAUCAAGAUACCCUGGGAUACAUCUUAGUUUUUCUUGCUCUUUUUCUCUCAGUGAUCACAUCUGCAGUUCUGGUGAUUUUCUAUAAACACCAUGACACACCAAUUGUCAAGGCCAACAACCGAGACCUCACUUACAUCCUCCUGGUCUCCCUAUUGCUUUGCUUCCUCUGUUCCUUCCUCUUCAUUGGUCAACCAGAGAAGGUCACCUGUCUCUUCCAACAAUCUGCCUUUGCAAUUCUCUUUUCCCUUGCAGUUUCCUCUGUGUUGGCAAAAACUGUCAUGGUGGUUCUGGCUUUCAUGGCCACCAAGCCAGGGAACAGGACAAGGAAACUCUUAGGAAAACCACUGACCAACUCCAUUAUCUUAGCUUGUCCCCUGAUUCAAGCAGUUCUUUGUGCCACCUGGCUGGGAACCUCUCCCCCAUUUCCUAACUUGGACUUCAACUCCCUAUUUGGAGAAAUCAUCUUGGAAUGCAAGGACGGCUCAGCUUUAAUGUUCUACAUUGUCCUCGUCUACCUAGGUUUUUUGGCUUUCAUCAGUUUCACAGUGGCAUUUCUAGCUAGGAAAUUGCCUGACAGUUUUAAUGAAGCCAAAUUCAUUACUUUUAGCAUGCUGGUCUUUUGCAGUGUUUGGAUCACUUUCCUCCCCACCUACCUGAGCACCAAAGGGAAGUCCAUGGUAGCUGUGGAGAUCUUCUCCAUUUUGGCAUCUGGGGCUGCUCUCUUGGCUUGUAUCUUUUUCCCAAAAUGCUACAUUAUUCUACUGAGGCCGGAUCUAAAUUGUAGAGAAAAUAUAGUAAGGAACAAGAAUUUCUAACUAAUGCAACAAUUGGCCUCAUUUAUGUUUUUGAGGCAUAUUUAGAAUGUGAUAAAAUUUC